GCCUUAGGGUUGCCAUAAGUCAGAAACAACCUAAAGGCACACAGCAACAACAAACAACACCAUUAUCGCAUUUUAUUCCAUUUUAACUGGCAUGGCAGCAUCUCUUGGGUGCUGUAGUUUAAAGAGGAGAUAAAUUAUCAGCCAGAGAGCUCUUCUGCUGCUCUACCGAUCCCAGGACUCCAUGGGAUGCAGCCACGGCAGUUAAAGUGGAAUCAUAGCACUUUUGAUUGUCUAACAUGAAUAUUAUAAACUAUAUGCAUGUACAGGAUGCCACCGUAAUCCCAAACAAUUUGCCGCAUGUCAGUGGACUGCCUUUUUUGGCGCCUGAGGCAAACGAUGGCCAACCCACCGAAGCUAAGAUGCUUUUAUAAUUCCCAAAGCCAGCUGAGUUGUCUGGUUAUUUGAGGCACCACAACUUCUCUCCAAGAUAAUAAUGUAAUGACUAAGUAAGGGUCCGAACAGGCCAAAAUAAAGCUGCUUCGGGUCACUUUGGAGGUAUGCCUUUUAAAUGACACAUGCAACUUGAGAGGCCAGAAGCUGCACCAAAGCUGGACUUGGUGAGGUUUCCGUCCUCUUAGGAUGCAUGCAUCAUUUAAACAGCAUACCUCCAAAGUGACCCAGGACCACAGCUCCCAGAUUCCCCAUCCAGAAUGGCUAUUGGCCAUACUGUUUGGCGAACGUUUGGUCCCACAACUAGGCAACAAACAACACCUGCUAGAAUUCCCUCUCCUCUGCAGCCAUUAAAGCUGCUGGAGCCCUCUCUGGUUUCCAGUCUGGCAACCCUAGGAAGCAACACUUGGUUGAAGAAACGAAAAUGUCUGCCCUUUUGAAGGUUUGGGUCUGCAAAGCAAGGAAGAAGCAGGCCUCACCUCGAACCUAUGGCAGGUGAACCACUGGAGCCUAUCCAGACUCAGCUGGAGAAUGUUGACGAAUAUGACAUCAUUACUGAAGAUGACAUUGCAGAGAUUAGGGAUGCUCUCGAAGGAGGGAGAAUGGCAGAGGCAGCCUCCAAGAUUAUGGAAAACCUACAGGCUUUAGAAAACACCCGCCUGGAUAUUGCAGUAACAGGAGAGAGUGGCUCCGGCAAGUCCUCAUUUGUCAAUGCCAUUCGGGGUCUGGGGGAUGAAGAUGAGGGAUCAGCCCCCAUUGGAGUGGUGGAGACCACAAAGGUGUCCACUCCGUACCCACAUCCAAAGCACCCGCAUGUGAUUUUGUGGGAUCUGCCAGGAAUUGGUACGCCAAAUUUCCAGUCUGACACUUACCUGGAGCAAGUCAACUUCUCCCGCUAUGACUUUUUUAUUCUCAUUGCUUCAGAGCGUUUCAAAGCCACCCAUGCUCAGCUGGCCUGUGAAAUCCAGCGUCAGGGCAAGCGCUUCUAUUUUGUCCGCUCAAAAGUGGAUGCAGACCUGGAAGCCUCCAAAAAACGUCGGCCUAAAGGCUACGAUGAAGAAGUGGUACUGAGGCAGAUCCGAGAGAAUUGCCAAGAGUGUCUAGUGAAAGAAGGGGUAAAGGCUCCUCAGGUUUUUCUUCUUUCAAACUGGGAGUUAAGCAAGUAUGACUUUAUGCUGUUAGAGAAAACCUUAGAAAAAGAGCUGCCAAGCCACAAGAGACAUGCAUUUCUCCUUGCCUUGCCCAAUAUCUCUUUAGAAAUCUUACGGAAGAAGAAAGAGGCCCUUCAGAAACAGAUCUGGAAGCUGGCCACUGUCUCCUGUGGGGUGGCUGCUGUGCCCAUCCCAGGCCUUUCUGUAGCCUGCGAUGUUGCUAUCCUGGUUAAAUCUCUCUCACAGUACCGCAAGAGCUUUGGCCUAGAUGAGGAGUCCCUAACCAAAUUGGCUGAGAAGGUUGACAAACCUGUGGAGGAGAUCAAAGAGGCGAUUAAAUCACCGCUGGCUAAAGAGAUCUCCAAGGAUCUAGUGGUAAAGAUGCUAACCAAGGCUGGUGGGGGGGCACUGAUGGUUAUGGACUACCUAGCCAGUACGGUGCCUGUAUUUGGCUCUGUGGCGGCUGGAGGGAUCUCCUUUGGAACCACCUACUACAUGCUCUGGACCUUCCUCAAUGAGGUGUCAGAAGAUGCCAACAAUGUUCUUAUCAAAGCCGUUGAAUCAGGAGUUUGAAUGAACCCAUGGAACCUUGUACAACAUACCUUGUGAUAACAUCACUGCUUCUAAUAGAGCUUCAUCUCUUAUGCAAGCUCAAACUAAGAUCACCAGCUGGGGGAAAAAAGUCACAAAACCAGUCAACACUGGUGCAUUCCCAUGACAGUUUUCUAACAUGGCAGUUGUGAGGUACGAAGUUCUUUUCUACUUAUAUUGCCAAAUUCCACUCUUGGAAUACUGUAAACUGUAGUUCAGAAUUUGGUACGGCUCUCUUGCCAGCCUUGCAAAACUGCAGUUUCCGACAAGCCUUGGAGAAAGCCAAGAGUUAAAGCGGGACAAAGCUGAUUUAAAUACUGUACACCGGGAAGUGCCAUAAACAUAAGACAUCCUAUAUUUUGUAUACACUGAUUUGGAUUUUAACUAGAGGCCUUAUUGGAGCAGCCUGGUGCCUUUUUAUGAAUUUCCAGGCGAGCCACUUUUACAUAUAUAGACACAUAUAGUGUUUUAUUACUUUAAUGAAUUAUAAUUAAAACUGAGAUUACUCAUCAA